CUCUCGGCGCUUCCCCGGCCGGCGUCCGCUCGGGGCCGCGACCUCGGGGCAUCCCGAAGGCGCGCGCGGCCGCGGCCCCGACAUGGCUCUGCUGCUCCGCAACCUGCAGCGCGCGGUCCCCGUCCGGAGGGCGCCGCUCCGCCGCCGGCUGCAGCUGCUCAGGGCGGCCCUCGGGGUGCAGCGCUUCGACCUGGCGGUCGUCUGCGUGGACAACAGGACCAUUCGGCGCAUCAACGGCGUCUACAGAGCCCGGGACGCCCCGACCGACGUGCUGUCCUUCCCGUUCCACGAGAAUAUAAAAGCAGGGGAACUUCCCCAGCCUGAUACUCCAGAUGACUACAAUUUGGGAGACAUUUUCUUAGGAGUGGAGUAUAUCUUCCAGCAGUGCAAAGGAGAUGAGGACUACUUUGAUAUCCUCACUGUGACUGCCACCCAUGGGCUCUGUCAUCUGCUGGGCUUCACACACAGCACAGAGGCUGAGUGGCAGAAGAUGUUCCAGAAGGAGAAGCAGGUUCUCGAAGAGCUGAGCCGGCUCACUGGGACCAGGCUACAGCCCCUGAGCAGGGGCCUCUUCUGAGGGUGCUGGAGGCCUGGCACCCGGGUGGCACCCGGCGGAUUCUCUGUAGAGUCCAGAGACAGCAGGUGGAUGGCAGAUGGACCCUCCCCUUUCAGGCCCCCCAGGACCAGGGACUCCACCAAACGGAGGGCCCUGCUGGUCCCUGGUGUCUUGUAG